AUGGCAACAAAAACUAAUCGCCAUAACAACAUUAGAAGAUCAAACUACAACAAUUUCCUUCCAUCCACAUACACAAACUCCAUCAACGAGUCACCACUCUUCGAGUUCGACGAGUCAGAACUUUACAACUCAUCUCGCUCCAAUUCCAACUCCAAUAACUCAUCUGAAUUUUGCAAAUCCGUUAUUGCUUCUCGUUUUCACGCCUCUUCAUCUUCUAUCACUGGUCGUAUCGGAGAUCCGAUGUCGCUGCCGGUUAAUGUUCCGGAUUGGUCCAAGAUCCUGGGAGAAGAGAACAGACAGAACCGGAGGAGGAACUACGAUGUUGACAGCGAUGAUGACGGAGACGAUGAGAAAGUUCCGCCGCAUGAGUUUCUUGCUAGAACGAGAAUCGCUUCGUUUUCGGUUCAUGAAGGAGUUGGUAGAACUCUCAAAGGACGCGAUCUUAGUAGGGUUCGAAACGCGAUUUGGGCCAAAACCGGUUUUCAGGAUUGA